UCACCGGUUUGAUCUUGCUCCCCUCAUGGUUUGCUACCUCUGUGAGUCCAUGACCCAGGUAUGGCCUGACUUUUGGGGAUAUUCCUGGCUCCCGCUUCUUACCACUUGUGGUGACAGCACGUGAGCUGCGGUAUACCGCUGCCCCCGCAGACAUAGACGGGCACAGUAAUACAGGGGGCCUAGGGUUAAGUGUGCUGGCCUGGGAUCAAUCGCGCUGAAGAUACCUGUCCCGGCAGGGGGCCAUCUCUCUGCCAAAAAGUUUCUCCGUCUGUGCGGCCUGUUCUUGGAUCGCGGUCCCUGAUAUGAGAGGUUUGACUUCUGGGGGCUGCUGGAGGAGAGCUGGUGGACUGUGACCCGAUCUCUGAAGAUUGGAUUCGGCCCCUAAAUGUGACGCCGGACAGAUAUAAUUAAAAGUUACCAUCCACCUUCAGACAUAGCUGCUCAUAUUGAAGAUUCCUGGAGCAGGCUCUGGAUGGAAACCUAUAGAAGCUGGAUGAAAGCAUGAUGGAUCCAUUCUGUCCGUAUUUGGGGUACCGUGAGUAAUCCACAAGCUGGACUUGGAUACUAACGCACUAACACCAUAAUCUCCAUUUCUCCGUGGUAUUGAGUAACCCUGCUAAUCUUUAUUGGAUUAUCUCCCUUGAAUUGAUAAGUGCAGGACUAGAAAGGGCAUAGGAUAGUGUCCUUAUUAACUUAUGCACUAUUCUAAGUAACAGUUCUAUAUGUGGAUACUAGAUUUGCAGGUUGUCAACUGCGUCAUUUAUUAACCGGGCCAACUAAACAUGCUAACAUGAUGUUAUUAUGUUUUCCUUAAUAAAUGUAUGAAUUCUUAGAUCUGGAUCUCCUUUGUUGGAAUCUUAAAGUGUGGAGUGGCCAGAGCCAAUAUCUUCCAAAAUCGAAGAAAGAAGAAGAAGAAAUUUGAAUAGAACUUCAGAGAAUGUCAAGCUCAACAUCUUCAACUGAUGCCGGGACCUCUCCUCCAAGAUGUAGGCGGAGACAUGAUACGUCAUCAUCUGCGGAGGAGAGGCCUCGCGGCCCAGAGACCGCUGGAGAGGAGGAAGCUGGUGGUGGAGGACAUGAAGCGGUCGCUCCUCCCGUUGGAUCCAACAGAGGUCGUCAAUCGAAAGCCAGAUGAAGUCGGGGAGCCCGCGGCGGUCGUGUUCGUGGUUCACGACGCUCCACCAGAACGGAUGAGGAGGAAUUUGGUAGUUGUAUAAUUGACAAUGAACUCCUCAUCCAGAUGGUGGAGGAUAGACCACCACUCUGGGACCACACGGACCGCCGCCAUGCUGACCAUCAUGGUACCCGGCUCCUCUGGCUUGAGAUAUGCGAAGUCUUAGUGCCUAAUUGGGACGACCUCAAUGAGAGUCAAUGGGAGGAGUGCCGGACUACAAUCCUGGUGCGGUGGCGGUCAAUGAGGGACCGCUAUAAGAAGGACUACAACGAGGAGGUCAAGCGCCCGAGUGGUUCAGGAGGAAGCCAAAAGCGGCCGUACCGUUAUGCGGCCGCAUUAGGUUUUCUUAGGAGAACCCUACAGCUGCGAAGCACAUCUAGCAGUACUCGGGCGCAACAAGCUCCUCGUGAAGUCCUUCCAGAGUCCGGAGCUCAAGAGGCGGUCCCCGAAGAGCCGCCCACCGCGGGUCCCUCACGUCCUACUCCAACAGCUGGUCGGGACCUCAAUGUUCCCCUACCUGUGCCCUCUGGCGACGCAACAAUGGCCACAAUGGCACCACUUUUUGAGGCAUUGAUGCGUCGCCAGAGGACCGGUAGGAGCCGUCAGGCGGACUACGAGGAUCUCACAAGGCUCGUUUACGAGUCCUUGAUGGGAUAUACCAAUAGGAUUGCCGCUUUGGAGGAACAAGUGCGACGUCUGCAGGAGGGGGCGGUGCAUACGUCGCAAUUGGGUCCUGUGCAUCACUAUUGGUAUUCGUUGCUCCCCGUGAUGGAACGAUUUACGCCCGACCAGUUGUUUGAGGCCCGAAGACAGGUGGACAGUGUCUUGUGGCAAGUUCAGCACCGCCCCACAUCCUAUCCCCCAUCCAUGCCCUAUCCCCCAUCCAUGCCCUAUCCCCCAUCACAACCUCAACAACCCCCUACCCAAACUACCUACCCACCUUUCCUACCUCCUCAUCCCAGCCUCCACAUUCCACCGAGCACUUUUCUCACCACUUUUCUCCUUCUCCUCCUCAAUAUUUUCCAACUAGCAGUUUCAACACUCCUUCUACUCUGGCUCGGUCAACUCCUUCUCCCGCUCCCCCAUCCAGAUUGAAUACUCCCUCUGUUGUGCUUGCCACAACACACACUUUUAUGUCCACAGGGGCACAGGAACGAGGGGGACCAACCAGUGUUGAAACCUCCACCACCCAACCUUCUACUCCCACCACUCCCACCGGUCCUACUU